AUGGUAGGAGGUUCCUCAACCCGAAAGGAGGGAGUACCAAGAGCAAGAGUUAGAGCGUUCCAGAUCACAGCAGAGGAGGCUCGGGAGGAGCCAAAGCUUGUCACUGGUAUAUUUUUCGUGAAUUCUCAUCUUGCACAUAUAUUGUCUGAUUUUGGUUCUACGUAUUCCUUCGUGUCACAUGCCUUUGUUCGCUCUCUCGAAUCUGUUCCUGUACUUUUUGAUAGACUGUUUUCUGCGGAUACCGCUAGUGGAACCCCUUUAGUAGUUGAUAGAGUAUUCAAAGAUUGUACAUUAGUAUUGGAGGAUCAAAACUUCUCAGUAGACUUAAUCCUUAUGGAUAUUCGUGACUUUGAUGUGGUUAUUAGUAUGGAUUGGUUAGUAGCAAAUCGGGCGGAUAUUAUUUGCGUGCAACGAAUGAUCCAAAUACCAGUUAGUGAAGGAGAUUGUGUUUAUGUGUACGGAGAAAAAGGGGUCAGUGACAUCAAGGUAAUUUAUGUACUCAAAACUCGUCGAUAUUUAUCUAAGGGGUGCACUUCUUUCAUGGCAUACGUUUUAGAUGCCACUAAAGAAAAAAACAAGUUGGCCAAGGAUGUACCCGUGAUAUGUGAAUUUCACGAUGUCUUUCCUGAUGAUUUGCCUGGUCUACCACCGGACAGGCAAGUAGAAUUUCGAAUUGACCUUGUGCUAGGUGCUGCACCUAUUGCAUGGACACCCUAUCGUCUUGCCCCGACAGAAAUGAAAGAAAUGAUGAGCCAAUUACAAGGAUUAAUGGAUAAAGGUUUCAUCUGA